AGUGACCGACGCCUCUUCCCACGUCUGCCUCCUGAAGCAACCCUCCCGUCCUGGCAUGGAUGUGGCCAAUCACACUACCUCCCCAGAGCACUCCCUCGAGGGUGCAGGAGGCCUCGGGGGCCUCGCCGAGGUGACCCUGGGCUACCAGCUGCUCACCUCCCUGCUCCUGGGCAUGCUCAUCCUGUGCGUUGUGAGUGGUAACACCUGCGUGAUCACAGCCAUCACCCUGGAGCACUCCCUGCAAACCGUGGCCAACUAUCUCAUCGGCUUGCUGACUGUCACAGACCUCAUGGUGUCCUUGCUGGUGCUGCUCUACCAGGUGCUGAACAAGUGGACACUGGGGCAAGUCACCUGUGACAUCUUCAUCUCGCUGGGCAUGCUGUGCUGCACCUCUUCCAUCCUGCACCUGAGCUCCAUCGCCUUGGACAGGUACUGGGCCAUCACGAACCCCAUCAACUAUGUCAAGAAGUGGACUCCCCAGAGUGCUGCCAUGCUCAUCAGCUUUACCUGGCUCAUCAGCUUCUUGAUAUCCAUCCCGCCCAUGCUGGCACCUGAGGACUGCUCGGACCCUGACACCUGCACCAUCAGCAAGGACUAUGGGUACACCCUUUACUCCACCUUCAGCACCUUCUACAUCCCGCUUCUCCUCAUGCUGGUGCUCUACGGCCGCAUCUUCAAGGCAACCCACUUCAGGAUCCGCAAGACCAUCAAGAAAGCGGAGAAGAAGAAAAUUGCCGACACUUGCCUCACUGUCUCCCCAGCCACUCUGCAGAAGAAAAGCAACAGGGAGCCUGGCAAGGGUUGGCAGUGGACUGUGGACCCUAAGCCCAGCACCUGUGUCAAUGGCAUGGUGCAGCAGGGCAAGGACGGGGCCACCCUGGAGAUCAUCGAGGUCCAGCACUGCAACAGCUCCUCCAAGACUCACCUGCUUCUGCCCAGCAAGGCAUGUGGAUCCCCGCUGCCACCCUCCUUUGAGAGGCGCAAUGAGAAGAAAAUGGAGGCCAAGCGAAGGAUGGCUCUGUCCCAGGAGAGGAAGACUGUCAAGACCCUGGGCAUCAUUAUGGACACCUUCAUCCUCUGCUGGCUGCCAUUCUGCAUUGUGGCACUGGUCCUGCCCUUUUGUGACAGUAAGUACUACAUGCCCGAGUGGCUGGGGGCAGUCAUCAACUGGCUGGACUACUCCAACUCUCUCCUCAACCCUAUCAUCUAUGCCUAUUUCAACAAAGACUUCCAAAGUGCUUUUAAGAAAAUUAUCUUGUGUAAAUUUUGCAGGCAGUGA